GCAUCAUUAGCAGGUGAUCACUGUAGCUUAAUCACAAUAAUUACUGUAGCAAAAGUCGAGGAUGUCACAGAUUGGCUCUCCUCGUCGCUCGUCACAUCACAAAGGAAGGCGUCAUAAUCGUUAUGCCUCCGCCGCUGCCAGAGCUGGACAGAGAGGUAGAGGGCAUCAGAUUGGGGAAAGGAAGGAGAAGAGACGGAGAGCGGAUCAAAGUGAAGUGAUCUAGGGUUUUCUCAGGAUAAGGGUUUUGGGGGGAUGGAGUGGGGUCAUGAUAGGCCAGCAUGGAUCGGGCUGACGUGGCGGCGUACCUGGGGCCUUCUAUAUCUGCUCCAGGUUUGAUCUGAAUAUGAGAGGUGACGGACAACCCGGAAUUUUGAGGCCGGUUUGAGCCGCCUGUUUGGGACGCCCAACUAUAGGUGCUCUUAGAUUAUUUCAUGGCACUUUCUGCUUUAUCCAAUGGCUCUUCGAGGUGUCCUGGUUAUCUCUACUAUUAAAGGGGGAUGUGCCGUCGUGAUGGUUCAACCAGCGGGAUGGUUCGACCUCUCGUUAGCUCCCCUAGCAGUUCCACCGAUUUUUUCCAUCCCUCGAGUUAGUUAAAUACAGAAAAAACCGGUUGACAGAAAAAACCGAUCCCCACCUUCCUCGUGAUAGUGCGACCCUGCGCAAGUGGCAAGAUUUCACGCGAAAAACGUCACCCCCACGAUCCCCUCCUCCCCGUCUCUCACAACCUUCGUUAUCCUUAGAAAACGGAACGUCGGCGGCGGCUCCGAGAUCUCGCCCGCCCGCCAGCCAGCCAUGGACGUCGUCGACUCCGUCGUGGAACCCCUCCGCGAGUUUGCCAAGGACAUCGUCCGCCUCGUCAAGCGCUGCCACAAGCCCGACCGCAAGGAGUUCACCAAGGUGGCCGCGCGGACGACGGUCGGGUUCGUCGUCAUGGGGUUCGUCGGCUUCUUCGUCAACCUCAUCUUCAUGCCCAUCAACAACAUCAUCAUCGGCUCGGGCUAGGGUACGCCCGUGUCUUGAUCCCCUCCUUCGUUUUGGUGUUAUCUCCCUUUGCCUGGGAGAGAUCUCGUUCGGGUCACUGCUUUGGGCCCAGGAAGCGAAGGGAAUGAGCUCGGCUGCUUCUCCCCCACACUUCUUUAUUUCUCCGUGCCCCUUCCGCAGGAUCGGUCCGUCCGGCACGCACACGUGGUCAACGCGCUGCGGCAGUUCAAGGUCAACCCGUUCAGGGACGAGUUAUUCGCCGCGUUCCAGGUGUCGCACCGGCAGCAGCUAGCCAUGCUGGACAUGGCUGCGGUGGCAGAAGCGCCGGCUGGGCCGGCGCCUGCGGUCGGUCCGCGUCUGGCGUCGCGUGACGGGCGUCGUCUUCGCGGCGAUCCUCGUUUGCUCGGUGGUGGCCGUGGCUCUCCCUCUCGCUUUCUCGUCGUUGAGUCCCGCUCCACCUCCGCCCUCCAUCUACUUGCUUCAAGAUGUCUUCCACGGCCGGUAGCUUUCGCGAUUUGGGUUUGUAGCAGGCGUGAACUAUGCGAUGAGGGUGUGCGUCCUCAUCACAGGCGGCUACGGCAAGUACCGUGCAGCACAGCGGAUGGUGUACGAGAACGCGUAGAAGACCAACAACUCAAACUUGACGCCCUUUGCCUCCGUCAAGGACAAUGUAACAGGUGCGUAGAUCUUGAUCCUUUCCUUCAAUGCCGUUGUUGUCUGAUUGUCUCCGUUCCUGUGAAGCCAGUAUUCUGCCUGGCCGGCGCUUUCGCUUGAUGGAAAAACAAAAAACAUAGCAAACCUGACUUACUGUAAGAUGGAUUGAAUCAGCUAACAACGUACUAA